AUGCCUAAGCAGACUGAGCGGGGUACCAUGCGAUGCAUUCGUGAAGAUGGCCUGCUCUUUGUAAAGUGGAUGGCUACCAGAGAGGUGGUCAUGUGCACAACUAUCCACAAGUCCUUCAGUGGCGAUCACGUCGUCAGGCGUGUGAAGGAGGGUAGCGGGGCGUGGACCACAAAAAAUGUCCGCAUUCCAGCUGCUGUGAAGGACUACAACAAGGGCAUGGGAGGGCUCUGGGCAGCCGAGCGGAAAUGGAGGAAAACUCGCCUCCCUGCGGACCUGGCAUCCUUUCACUCCCUCCUCUCUACAUUUUCCUCCUCUGUCUCUGCUGCUAAAGCCACUUUCUACCACUCUAAAUUCCAAGCAUCUGCCUCUAACCCUAGGAAGCUCUUUGCCACCUUCUCCUCCCUCUUGAAUCCUCCUCCCCCCCCCUCCUCCCUCUCUGCAGAUGACUUCGUCAACCAUUUUGAAAAGAAGGUCGACGACAUCCGAUCCUCGUUUGCUAAGUCAAACGACACCGCUGGUUCUGCUCACACUGCCCUACCCUGUGCUCUGACCUCUUUCUCCCCUCUCUCUCCAGAUGACAUCUCGCGUCUUGUGACGGCCGGCCGCCCAACAACCUGCCCGCUUGACCCUAUCCCCUCCUCUCUUCUCCAGACCAUCUCCGGUGACCUUCUCCCUUACCUCACCUCGCUCAUCAACUCAUCCCUGACCGCUGGCUACGUCCCUCCCGUCUUCAAGAGAGCGAGAGUUGCACCCCUUCUGAAAAAACCUACACUCGAUCCCUCCGAUGUCAACAACUACAGACCAGUAUCCCUUCUUUCUUUUCUCUCCAAAACUCUUGAACGUGCCGUCCUUGGCCAGCUCUCCCGCUAUCUCUCUCAGAAUGACCUUCUUGAUCCAAAUCAGUCAGGUUUCAAGACUAGUCAUUCAACUGAGACUGCUCUUCUCUGUAUCACGGAGGCACUCCGCACUGCUAAAGCUAACUCUCUCUCCUCUGCUCUCAUCCUUCUAGACCUAUCGGCUGCCUUCGAUACUGUGAACCAUCAGAUCCUCCUCUCCACCCUCUCCGAGUUGGGCAUCUCCGGCGCGGCCCACGCUUGGAUUGCGUCCUACCUGACAGGUCGCUCCUACCAGGUGGCGAAUCGCAUCUCUGCAUGUCUGGCAGACAUAUCAGUGUGGAUGACGGAUCACCACCUCAAGCUGAACCUCGGCAAGACGGAGCUGCUCUUCCUCCCGGGGAAGGACUGCCCGUUCCAUGAUCUCGCCAUCACGGUUGACAACUCCAUCGUGUCCUCCUCCCAGAGCGCUAAGAACCUUGGCGUGAUCCUGGACAACACCCUGUCGUUCUCAACUAACAUCAAGGCGGUGGCCCGUUCCUGUAGGUUCAUGCUCUACAACAUCCGCAGAGUACGACCCUGCCUCACACAGGAAGCGGCGCAGGUCCUAAUCCAGGCACUUGUCAUCUCCCGUCUGGAUUACUGCAACUCGCUGUUGGCUGGGCUCCCUGCCUGUGCCAUUAAACCCCUACAACUCAUCCAGAACGCCGCAGCCCGUCUGGUGUUCAACCUUCCCAAGUUCUCUCACGUCACCCCGCUCCUCCGCUCUCUCCACUGGCUUCCAGUUGAAGCUCGCAUCCGCUACAAGACCAUGGUGCUUGCCUACGGAGCUGUGAGGGGAACGGCACCUCAGUACCUCCAGGCUCUGAUCAGGCCCUACACCCAAACAAGGGCACUGCGUUCAUCCACCUCUGGCCUGCUCGCCUCCCUACCACUGAGGAAGUACAGUUCCCGCUCAGCCCAGUCAAAACUGUUCGCUGCUCUGGCCCCCCAAUGGUGGAACAAACUCCCUCACGACGCCAGGACAGCGGAGUCAAUCACCACCUUCCGGAGACACCUGGAACCCCACCUCUUUAAGGAAUACCUAGGAUAGGAUAAAG